AUGAGCAUGGCCGGCCUCUGCGGCCUCUUGCGCCCUGUGACACGGCAGCCUGCAAUGUCUGUUGUUCGCUUGACAAUGACAAAUAUUGGAGAAAAAGUUGUGUGCCUGGUUGCUUACCACAUAUUUUUCAUGCUGUUCGUCUGGUCAUAUUGGAAAACAAUCUUUACGCUACCAAUGAAUCCUUCAAAAGAAUUUCAUCUAUCAUAUUCAGACAAGGAAUCCCUAGAGAGGGAGCCUAGAGGUGAAUCUCAGCAAGAAGUCUUAAGACGGGCAGCCAAGGAUCUUCCUAUCUAUACACGGACAAUGUCUGGAGCAAUCAGAUACUGUGACAGAUGCCACCUUGUAAAACCAGAUCGUUGCCAUCACUGUUCUGUAUGCGACAAGUGCAUUUUGAAAAUGGAUCAUCACUGCCCUUGGGUGAACAACUGUGUAGGAUUCUCCAAUUACAAAUUUUUUCUUCUCUUCUUGGCUUACUCUCUGCUGUAUUGCCUUUUCAUUGCUGCAACGGAUUUACAGUAUUUUAUCAAAUUUUGGACAAAUGGCCUUCCUGAUACUCAGGCCAAGUUCCACAUCAUGUUUUUAUUCUUUGCUGCGGCUAUGUUUUCUGUCAGUCUGUCUUCUCUCUUUGGGUAUCACUGUUGGCUUGUCAGCAAGAAUAAGUCUACGUUAGAGGUAUUCAGAGCUCCCAUAUUUCGUCAUAGAACAGACAAGAAUGGCUUUAGCUUGGGCUUCAGCAAAAACCUAAGGCAGGUGUUUGGUGAUGAGAAGAAAUACUGGUUGCUGCCUGUGUUUUCAAGCCUAGGGGAUGGUUGCUCCUUCCCAACCUGCCUUGUUAAUCAGGAUCCUGAGCAAGCUUCCACACCUGGUGCUCUUAAUUCAACGUCCAAAAAUGAGACCCACCUGUUUCCUGCAAAGCCGUUGCGCGAUUCCCAGAGCCACCUUCUUACGGAUACACCAUCUUGGUCAGAAACUAGUGAAAAGGCUGAAAAGGGCAAAGUUGGUAUGAGCAAUCCUGCGUUAACCAUGGAAAAUGAAACCUAGUUUCCCCUAAAAGAAACAUCUGAAUACAUAAGGAAAGUUCAAGAAAAAGCUGUUGUCGGAAGGAAGAUGCAUUCUUCCAAAUAUCAGCCCUGUUGGCCAGCUGCUCCUGUCUGCUCCUGUGUGGAUGUGCUCAGAAAACAAACUUGACAGAUGAUUAUCUGUCUCCAUGUCACUGCUUGAAACACAAAACCAAACAUACUACUUCUGAACCAUAUAAAGAAUGUUUCAACUUAAAAUU